CACUCCAGCAGUGAUUUCUCAUCCUCCCGCUUACGUGUUUGACUCCGCCUCUCCACUGACCUGCCUGGAGCUCAGAGUCUCAGUGCCCCUCUCCAGAGCAGCGAACAGAGCCCACCACCAUUCGCCGCUGCUGCUGUUUGUUUUUCCGUGCUGACCUGCUGAUAUAAUGGCCUCCGAUGGUAUGGAUGAACGAUCCCCGCUGUUGUCAGCACCGAACUCGGGGAAUGUCACGCCCACUGCUCCGCCGUACCUGCAGGACCUGAGCCCGAGAGCUGAAUUACCUCCGCCCUACACUGCCAUCGCCAGUCCAGAUGCAGGGGGAGUUCCUGUCAUUAACUGUCGAGUGUGCCAGUCUCUUAUAACUCUGGAUGGCAAGCUCCAUCAGCACGUGGUGAAGUGCACCGUCUGCAAUGAGGCCACGCCUAUAAAAAAUCCACCAACAGGAAAGAAGUAUGUUAGAUGUCCUUGCAACUGCCUGCUAAUCUGUAAAGACACGUCUAGGAGGAUAGGAUGCCCUCGGCCCAACUGCAGACGGAUCAUCAACCUGAGUCCUGUGAUGGUGAUCCCAGAGGAGCAGCCCACCCAGCCAGCUCUGCCAGUCCAGCCUGAGGGCAUGCGCGUGGUCUGCGGCCACUGCGGCAACACAUUCCUUGGCAGCGAUGAUGAUGAUGAUGAUGAGUGCUCCCAGUCUUCCUCAGACCUGGCUAUUCGCGGCCCCUCUGAUCUUUUCAAGUGGAUGGAGCUCCGAUUCAAUACACUGGCCAAGUGCCCGCAUUGCAAAAAAAUAUCCUCUGUAGGCAGUGCUCUACCCAGAAGGCGCUGCUGUGCCUACAUUACAGUGGGAAUGAUCUGCAUUUUCAUCGGUAUCGGUUUAACGGUUGGCACUCAGGACUUCGCCAGGCGUUACCACGCUACUUACGUGUCCUGGGCCUUCGCGUAUCUCCUGGGCCUCAUCUGUCUGGUACGGGCCUGCUACUGGGGAGCGAUUAAAGUCAGCUAUCCAGAGAACACCUUUGCAUAGACAAAGCGUCCAUCCUUCAUGUCCUUAGUGUUUGAUUUCUCUUGUUUUAAACAGGUUAACUGUUACAAGAACAUAAGAAUCCAGGGGGUUUAGGUACCUGCACAUGUUUCAGAUUGAGUUAUUGAUUAGCUCUGAUGUACCUGUAACUGAUUUGAACCCGCAAUAUGAUGGCGUGAGGAAUUAAAGUGAAAUCUGUCAUUCAAAAACUAGAAAACUAAUACAAAUAAUCCAUUCGUGGUACACCUCUUGGAUUUGUCAUGGUUGGUGGAUAUCAAAAAUAUUUUACGUACUGCAUUUCGUUACCAACUUGACCAAAAGAGAUUAUCUUUUAUGAACAGUUUGCCCAUUGCACUACAAUUUUAUGCAAUUCUUCUGUUGUGUUGCUGCUAGUUACUACAGCCGUUCUGAGCUGAGAGAUGUUAUGUGUUCAGAGAGCCUGCCAGCACCCACGGUGGCACUAUCUGUUAAGUUCAGAUAUAUUUAACUGUUCUUAAAAUCCUGUGCCAACAUUUUUUUGUUGUUCAGUGUCCGUUAGGGGAUCUCCCUCUGAUAAAAUUUAGCCGUAUUUCCAAACCCAUUUUGGCCGCUCAAACUCACUGUGAGCACUAAUCAUGCAUUUUUUGUGGCUUUAAAAGAAAAACUGCAUGUACACAGUCACUGGAGCUCUAAAACAAAACUAUGGGUUCAAUGCAACUUAAGCUCAUUCGACAGUUUUUGUGUCAUGAUAUUGAUUGUUUAGCACAAAAAUCAUUUUGACAAUACAAACAAACAAAAAAGU